AUGGACGCGCAGGAACUAGUAGCUGACUUUUCCACAGCGGAAUCAAAUCUUGCGUCGUAUAUACCAGGGGGAUACUCUCCUUCGAGAUGUAUGAAACUCAGUGGCAUGCCAAUGGUGUAUGCCAUUUAUGCAUACGCCGGUUGUGCAAUUAUGUUUUUUGGUUAUGAUACGGCUGUUAUGUCCCAGGUCAAUAUAAACCCUGACUAUCUGCGAACAAUGGGAGUUGCUGGCGGUACAGAUCGCGAUGCUGCAGCGAUUGGAGGGCUUGUUAGCUUGUGGUUUGGUGGCUUUGCCAUUGCAGGAGCAAUGAUGGUUGGAUAUACAGCAGACAGAGUAGGUCGGCUUAAAACAAUCCAGUUUGGAUGCAUCUGGGGAAUCCUCGGAGCUGUGCUCCUUGCCACCGCCCAAAACAUUUCUUGGUUUGCCUGUGCUCGGGUUAUAAGCGGUAUUGGGUGCGGUUACUUAAACACCAUAGUUCCAGUAUGGACUUCAGAGCUUGCUCCGGCUAACAUGAGAGGUGCAUUUGUUGCUGUUCAAUUUACACUUGCUAUGGUUGGAUCUGCCUUAGUUUAUUGGUUAGAAUAUGCUUGCGUCAAGACCCGGUCGCUCUCCUUUGCCUGGAGGUUUCCAAACGCUUUCCAAAUCAUUUUCCUUCUCGUUCUUCUCGCUUUUGGACCAUUCUAUCCAGAAUCUCCCCGCUACUUGGCUAAAAUAGGGAAAAUCGACCAUGCAAAAUCCAUCCUACAAAAAUGUCGCAUUGACCCUAAUGAAGAGAAUAUUGAUAACGAAAUGGAAGAAAUCCUUGAUGCCAUUCGACUCGAGGCAUCAGACUCCAACCCCAGCUUCUAUAAUAUGCUUUUCACCUCGGACAAACUCCAUACUCGUCGCCGAGUUUUCCUAGGCGCUGGAGUACAAAUAAUGCAGAAGUUCACUGGCAUCGACUUCAUUGCUGCCAACAAGUUCGGGGCUGGCGUUGCCGCCAUUCUAUAUGUAUACACCUUCAUCUACGGUUCAACUUGGUUGACUACAUGCUGGGUUUAUCCAACGGAGGUAUUCCCACUAGCAACAAGAAGCAAAGGCACCGCAAUUGCCACGUUCGCCUUUUCAGUAGCUGGAGGUACCAUCAAUAUGAUUAUUCCAUAUUUGAUAAGUGCAAUCGGCUUCUGGGUUUUUAUCCUAUUUGCCCUUAUUAACCUUGUGAUGUUGGUACCAAUUUACCUUUUCUACAUUGAGACGGCAAAUAGGCACUUGGAGGAUCUAGAUCUAUUGUUUGCAAGCAAAAGCAGCUUCGUUUGGCGCGCAGAACAGGAGUUUGCUGACGCCAAACGUCCUCAAGGGGCUAGCCACGAUGCAACCAAUUGA